AUGAUCUAUCUAUCUAUCUAUCGCGGUUUCUUCAUAUCUAUCUAUCUAUCUAUCUAUCGCGGUUUCUUCAUAUCUAUCUAUCUAUCUAUCUAUUGCGGUUUCUUCAUAUCUAUCUAUCUAUCGCGGUUUCUUCAUAUCUAUCUAUCUAUCUAUCUAUCGCGGUUUCUUCAUAUCUAUCUAUCUAUCUAUCUAUCGCGGUUUCUUCAUAUCUAUCUAUCUAUCUAUCUAUCUAUCGCGGUUUCUUCAUAUCUAUCUAUCUAUCUAUCGCGGUUUCUUCAUAUCUAUCUAUCUAUCUAUCUAUCUAUCUAUCGCGGUUUCUUCAUAUUCUAUCUAUCUAUCUAUCUAUCUAUGGUUUCAUUCUUCAUAUCUAUCUAUCUAUCUAUCUAUCUAUCGCGGUUUCUUCAUAUCUAUCUAUCUAUCUAUCUAUCCUAUCGGUUUCUUCAUAAUAUCUAUAUUUAUAUCUAUCUAUCUAUCGGGUUUCUUCAUAUCUAUCUAUAUAUCUAUCUAUUGCGGUUUCUUCAUAUCUAUCUAUCUAUCUAUCGCGGUUUCUUCAUAUCUAUCUAUCUAUCUAUCUAUCUAUCGCGGUUUCUUCAUAUCUAUCUAUCUAUCUAUCUAUCUAUCUAUUGA